CUUCUCCUUGGGCUCUCUGCCAGGCAGGCAGUGCUCACACACUCUGCCAGGGAGCGCAGAGGCAGGCAGUUCCGUGCCAUGGCUGAGCCAUCCCAAGCUGCCGACCCUGUGCCCCGUGGCAAGCUGUAACGUGGGAACUCAUCCUGCCAGCCCCAGGUGGGGGAGGGACACGCAGCUCCCCCCAGGAUGCCGUUUGGCUGCAUCGGACUUCGGGAUGACAAGAACUACAACAGCCUGGCUGACAUCACGGACAAGUAUGAGAUUGGGCAGCUGCUGCGGGCGAAGGAGUUCUGUGAGAUUUGUGUGGCCCGUGAACGCCAGACAGACCGACUGUAUAUCUGCAAGAAGUUUCUCAAGAAAGACGGGCGCAAGGUGCGAAGGGCGGCCAAGAAUGAAAUCCUCAUCCUGAAGAUGGUGAGUCACCCCAACAUCUUGCAACUGAUUGACACCUUUGAGACAAGGAAGGAAUUCUACAUCAUCCAGGAACUGGCCACUGGUGGGGAUGUUUUUGACUGGAUCCUGGACCAGGGCUACUACACGGAAAAGGAUGCCAGCAAUGUUGUCCGGCAGGUGCUGGAGGCAUUGGCCUAUUUACAUAACCUGCACAUUGUUCAUCGCAAUCUCAAGCUGGAGAAUCUCAUGUACUACAACCAGAACAAUCGCUCCAAGGUGGUACUGCGGGAUUUUUACCUCUCACGCUUCGAGAACGGGGCCAUCACAGAACCGUGCGGGACCCCUGAAUAUUUGGCUCCUGAAGUGGUUGCUCGGCAACGCUAUGGACGUCCUGUUGACUGCUGGGCUGUUGGAGUUAUCAUGUUUAUUCUGCUGUCUGGGAACCCCCCGUUCUACGACGACACAGACGAUGAGAACAGCAACAGCCACAACCGCCGGAUAUUCCGCAAAAUUCUGGCUGGGGACUACGACUUUGACUCCCCCUAUUGGGAUGACAUCUCUCUUGCCGCCAAAAAGUUGGUGUCACAGCUUAUGGAAGUUGACCAGGACCAACGAAUCACUGCCCAGGAGGCACUGGGACAUAUCUGGAUAUCUGGAAACAUUGCCUCUGAAAAGAACCUCAAGGAAGGGGUCUGCGCCCAGAUUGAAAAGAACUUUGCCAAGGCCAAAUGGAGGAAAGCCAUUCGUGUUACUACAUUCAUGCAACGUCUCCGGGCUCCUGAUGCUGGAGGCCGUCUGCCCGUGACUCCCCGUUCCUCCAUGAGCGUUGCUCAUGAGGUCACCAUUGAGGCACCCAGGCUGCCCGAACGUUUGGAGCAGGAGCAGCAGAACAAGACAGAGGAAGUCACGGAGGUGGAGGAAUAAUGGCCCCUGCUUCCCCAAUCCCAUAUUCUGAUGCCUUCUUUGCUCUUGGAAGGGGUGGGUGGGGUCUGUGGGACGGUAGUUAGGGUAGUUAUGGGGCAAGGACCUUGGGAGACCCUUAGCAGUGUUAUUCCCUCCCCGCACCCCUGCCAUUGGUCAGGAGCAGGAGCUACCGGUAUUUGGACAGGCAACCAGAAGGAGAGAUGGACCGACCCCACAGAGAUGUGUAUGGGAAGGGAGGACUGAGCAUAAGAAGUAUGGUAGGACAGGGGGGUGGUCGGCUACCCCACCCCCAGCUCCCUGGAAAAUGCACCUGUCUGAGCAGAAGGGGGGAGACUUCUUCCUAGGCCUUCCCCAGUAGUGGGUGCCAGCUGUGCCCCUUGCCAUAUUGCAUCCACCACCCCGACGCAAAUGCGGAACGCCUUGCAGGGUGACCGUCUCUCCCAGGCCUCACGGAUCCACAUCCCACACAUCCACAUCCUUGCCUUUGCGAUGUCACAGGGGCUUCAGAGAAGUUCCCUUCCUCCACAAAGAAGCUGGAAGAAGGGGAAACCUUGUCCUCCUAUUUGCAGGGCCUUGGGAUAUGCCAAGCAUUUGCAAACAUCAGCCAAUAAUGGAAUGGGAAGCAGUUUCAGGCUAGUGAAGCAAGUGUUGGAGAAGAAUCCAUUACAUGGAGAAAGGAUCUGUUUCCCAGCCUCCCCCUGUUCUAUUUGCCCAGUCUUGCAUUUCACUUUUAGCAGGGGCAGCAACAGCAGCCAGGUGGGAAACUUGCUACAGAUGGCUGCUGCCCUCCUGGUUUGGAUCCCCAACCUCAACUGGACUGUGCAGGGGAGGGGCAAGAGAGGUGCAUGUCUAAGUCAGCUGCAUGUUUUAUGAAGAUGCUAUUUUAAUACAGAAACCUCCCAGCUGCCCUUUCCCUGGUGCUGUCUUUCCCCUCUCCCAGGGCAGCUCUGGGAAAUAAAAAA